GAGAGUUCUUUGCCGGAAGUCCCUCUCUGAAAUCGCGGCGAGAUGCCGAUGGGAAAAGCCCUGAUGCGGAUUCCACGCGAUCUCGAGAAGCCCGUCCCAGUGCCCCGGACUUUUCCCCGUAUUCCGCAAGAAUGAUUAAUUCGAUAGAGCUGUCAUUGGACCGAUGACACUCCAUUUGGAGACAAGAAGAAGGCAAUAAGAGCGAGGCACAAAAAGUGGCUUCCAUCUGACUCCAUUUCCCCCCCAUUUUCUGCGGUUGACAAUUCCCACCCGAUUUUAGACUAAAAAGAGCCCUGGUUUUCUCCAUUUGUUGCAUGUUGCCAUAACGCCAUUCCUACUACUCUUCAGUCAGUUGCACAGAAGAGCCUUGCAGAUAUCAUUCGAAACUACCGACUAAGAGAGAAAGAGAGACAUACGACCCUUGAUCUCAUCCCGAUAUCACUGACUUUCUUAAACCCAGCCAACUCACAUCAAGCAACAAUGGCCAGUGCUACUCCCAUUGACCAGGUGGAAGACACUAUUGCGGUUAAGAUUGAGCAGCUUGACCGCCACGGCUACCUGUUUGGCCAGAAAAUCACACAUUCCCUGUCACCACUCCUACACACCACCAUCUACGAGGGUAUUGGCUUGAAAUGGGAGCAAAUGAGACUGGACUCGGCAGACUUGCCGCUGUUUCUGGAACUCAUCAAGCACCCCAAAUUCUACGGCAGCUCAGUCACCAUGCCCAAUAAGGUUGCCAUCAUCCCUCACCUCGACGAGCUGACGGAUGAGUGCCGCGAUGUCGGCGCCUGCAACACACUUUUUAUCAGAGAACGCGAUGGCAAGCGGAUAUACUGCGGCACCAACACGGACGUUAUCGGCGUUCGUGAGUCUUUUGUCCAGAACGUCACCGACCCGGAUGCCGUCUACCACAACAAGCCGGCUCUUGUUAUCGGAGGCGGCGGUGCGGCCAGAAGUGCCGUCUACGCCCUGCGCAAGUGGAUGAAGGCCACUGAUAUCUAUCUCGUCAACCGUGACAAGAGCGAAGUCGACGCCGUCAUCGAAGAAUGCUCCGCGCGGGGAUAUGGAGACAAUCUGUAUCACGUCUCCACCGUCGAGGAGGCGAGAGACCUCGAAGCCCCCGGCGCUAUUGUGGCGUGCGUGCCCAACUUCACUCCCAAGACAGCAGAGGAGAUUGUGGCGCGUGAGAUCAUUGUCGAGUUCCUGAACAAGGAUCGCAAGGGUGCUAUCCUCGAGAUGUGCUACAACCCCACGCCUUACACGGAAAUCGGUGCCCUCGCAGAGGAUGCUGGCUGGCAGGUCAUUCUGGGCACUGAGGCCAUGAUCUACCAAGGUCUCGAACAAGACCGAUACUGGACUGGCAAGGAGGUUGAUGAACUCACCGUCCAAAAAGUAAAGGACGUGAUUGCGGCAAAGCUGUCACAACACUCAAAAUUGUAGAAAAUAAUGAUCACCAUAGACGCCUUGCAUAGCUAGAUUCUCAGCGACUGUUUUAACAGAAAAAGAUGACUUUUGAUGAAGAUUCAUGAAAUCUGGAUUAUGAGAUGAUGCUAUUACGAUC